AUGGCGAUGAUGCUGCUUCCAGUCGCUCUCUGCCUCAGCCUGGUCCCUGUGUGUUUUGGAGCUGCGAUUCCUGUUUCAUGUGGGUCCAUCUACAAGAGUUUUGCUCAGUGUUUACUCACACUAGGAGACAGCUUGGUGGAAACACAAAAGGACCAGAGCUCGCAGGACAUUACUGCAAUCUGCAGGUCCUGGGAUGCAUUUCACGUUUGUGCCAACUCAGCGCUUGCCGGCUGUCCUGGAGAAGCAGCAGCUGUCUGGGAGUCUCUAAGACAAGAGUCCAGGAAGACACAGUUUUCUGGAAACCUCUAUGACAUGUGUGCCAGACUCACAACCCUCCCACCCAGCACUGUGCCUGCACCUCAGAGCCCCCCUACCUCCGAGCAGACAAACCAGGAGACACUGAAGGGACAGACGUACAAACACAGCCCCACCUUGGGCUCUUUGUUGUUCCCUGCAUGCAGCACACUGCUACUCCUGCUCAGGAGUUAGUUCAGUGUUUUUUUUUAAUCUAAGAGGUUAACGCUGGCCCUGAAAGAGUCUUGCAGCACCUGUGCUUCAAACACAUAAGGGUGAAAACAUGCUUCUCAAGUCAGGAUCAGCAUGAUUACAUACUGAUCAUGCAAGGAUUUCGAUAAGUGAAGCUAAAUUAAACUUUUGUUCAGUGGAGGAGAAGAUGCAUCUUAUUUAGGCAUUCAACCAUUUCAAUAUGUUCAUAUUAUCACAUGCAUUGCUCCUAGAAAUAAUUGAAUAGAUAAGCUACUUUUAAUCUGACACAACAUUUCAACUCAAGCAUACAAGUUGCUGUUUGACUGGAUACAUUGGGUUUAUGAUUAAAUACAUAUCAUGCACUGUUUCUUCGUCAUACCUCUGUCAUAUGUGGGUGUUGUCAAAUCUUUACUCUUGUAUGAUUUGACCAGCAGUGCGGUACACCGGUGUUAUGACAUGAGUUUUUAGGACAAAGGAGAUUUUAGGAGUCUUUCUAAUGCCAGGUGUUCAGAUUUGUUUGUGAUCCAAUCAGGUGUGAUCCAGAUUAGUGUUUUACAGGAUGCAAAACAGUUUCAUCAACUGCUUUGAAAAUGAGAUUUGAUUCUGUAGCAUUCAAAACUAUGUGAUCCAUGUGACCCUUCAAAUGUUUUUAACUUUUCUUUUUUGCUUAUUUCUUUUAUUUAUGAACUGAUAGUUUCAGUUUAACUGAUUUACUAACUUUACCUCUUUGGGGGCAAUUAAAGGGAACAUAUAUCAGAGCCCACAUCUCGAUAAAAGAUGUAACACAUAAUUACUUAAGCCCUACAAACUAAGUGCAAUGAACAGAAGUGCAUGCAAAGUGCAGAAGUUGCAUGUGAGUUGCUGUAAGAUAAUUAAUUUGUAUAGCUCUUUGUUGAUACUGAGGGAUCUCUCUUGUACAACCACACACUGCAUUUUAUUCACUGGUUCUCACAUCUUUGUAUAUUUACUGUAUUAUUUUCUGGCUUUGUUUAUUUGCGUUGUUGUAUUUUUCCACUGCACCACACAGUGACGCAUGGCUGUUUGUUUCACUCAGAUUU